GAUUGACAAAUGACAUUUAACCUCAAAAUAAGCAAAAUAAAAUGUGUUUACCUUGUUUUCGAUGAAGAUUAAGUUGUAAUAAAACGAAGAAGAAUAAAUAGAAAUGAGUCAAAUUUUAAACAAAGUUCGGGACUUAGAUCCUCACGAUGCGGAUGCAGCCAAGGAAGCCUUAUCCUCGUUUUUCCCUAAUUUAGCAAAACAUAAAGAAGGCGACUGCGUGCGAUGGCUACGAGCACUAGAAAGCGUUAUAAACCGGUUUCCAAAGCUAUGUGGUUCGCAACGGGCAAAUAUAGAAAAGUACAUAGUCCAUUUUUUGGACUCAAGCAAUUACAACACUGUAAUAGAAGCUGCUAAGUGUGCUCAUGUAUUACAACAGGUGCGGCCAGGGCAAGAAAAAGGAGCCACACCAAAAGUCUGCUGGAGGGACCUCAUGAGCAGUCUCUGCAAUGCUGUGCACUCUCUGCUCUCUGAAAUGUUUCCUAAUGCAGCAAAUAUUUAUAGAAGCAAUGGAGAACAAGAGAACAAAACAGCAUCAGAUUCAAUAUUACUGUCCACCUUGAGUGAGCUUUCCAUAGUGUCCGGGCAGGAGCGCAUACUGAACAGGGAACACAUACUGCGCUCACGGCUGAACAAUGUGUUAGUCUUCAUCCAAGCUAUGCUCGUUGAAAUAUACCCAGUGGGCAAGCCCGUGCGGCCACAGAUCAUUCUAGACGCCGUAAUACGCGCGUUGGGAGCGAGCGCGGACGCACAGAGUGUGGAGUUAGUGAGCACCGUCAAGAAACAGGCGCUAAGAACGCUGGACGCUCUCGUGGCUUGCUUGGGAUCAAAUCUGAUACCGUUUUCGCCUCUAGUCUUCAAAUGCGUGAUGCAGACGCUGCGGUGGAGCUCAGAAAAUAUAAAUGAAGAAACCAGCGGUGUUCGUAUCGCAGCUUACAACAGCCUAUCCAGCUGGCUGAGCUGCCUGCGCUGUCACCGCGCGCCGGUGCGCGCCCGCGGCUGGCACGACGAGCUGGUCGCGCACAUAGCCAGUGACGUCACUCCGCAGACGCACACCGUGCAACUUACAAUGAACAAUCCACCGCGCAACCUGUCUAAGAAGCAGAAGAAGAAACAAGCACGAGUCAUGUUACAACAGAGCUCCAUCGCAAACUACGCGCCUGGUGCAAACAACAGAACUACGACGUGUGCGGAGUCGAACGAGCAAACAGCUAUAGCGGCGCUGGAGUGUACGGAGACGUUCCUGACGGUCUGCGGGAUAUUCCUCAAGCCGGCCACUCACAAGGUGUUCCACGAACUCCUAGUCCGCGAGUGCUUCCACCUGGCCGCCUGCAGCAGCUCCCGUGGUCUGUCGCUGCUCCGUGCUCUAGAAGCUUCUAGAAGGAGCGCCCCGCCGGGGGUCCCUCCCCCGACACAGUACUGCCUGCAGCUGUACAGUACCUCCAUCAAUAGCCAGUGUAGAGAGAUCUCAAAGUUCUGCACCCAUGCCCUCCUAGACAUUAGGCUGCAUCUACACUGCUCGCCGCCGUCGCUCAGCUUCGCCGCCGACACGCAGACUGAGAAGAACGACGUAGAAGAGAAGAGAAGGAUGUCCAGGAGGAAUAGGGAGGCGCUUGAGUCCCUGCUGGGAGCUGAUAAAGUACCACCAGAAACCUGUGAAAUACAAGACGCACCGGAACCGGAAGAGCCCGCCAACAAGAAGCCCCGCAUUGACGACGACAAAAUCAGCCUCAGCAGCUCCUCCGAGCACUCCAUACAAAUCUGUGACUCGGACUCCGAAGAUAUCGAAGAAGUACCCAUGGAAACCCAUCAACCCAAAAUCCAUCAACCUGAAGAAAGUGUAGUUGUACAUGCGGAUGUCCAUGAGAUAUCGACCGAAGACUUAGACAAACCUGAGACGUCAACAGAAUAUGAAAAAGUUGAUACACCGAAGUAUAGUAACAUUCACGAAGCGACAACACAAAUGCCAAUAGACACAGUAGACGGAGACAGUCUGUCCGGGAAAUCAAAUGAAGUUGGCUAUGGUUACCCUAACACAGGAAAGUCUGUGGCAGUGCUUGAGAAUCUAGAAGAUGAGAAUUUGCCUGAUACUAACGAUACAGAUGAUGUUCAUAUUACAUGUGGACAGGUCGCAGUUACACCUGAAGAAGAUCAUAUUGAUAAAGAACCUAAGGUCAAUGGAGUAAAGUCGCCGGUAAAAUCGCCUGAGAAACAAGAAGUAGAAGGAAGUGUGACGGUUAAAAUGGCGGUGUCUAAUGAGGGGGUGUCGGUGGAAGAUAUGCUGGCUGAUUUUGUUGACGAAGUCAUUGAUGAUAAUAUUACGCAAGCUUGAUUUCUUUGCUAUUAAGUAUAGAAUUUUGUUUGACAAUAUACUAUAAAAAGCAACAAGUUUACAAGUGUAUGGUGAGUCUUCACAACGAAUGCGGAUCCGCAAGCUGCUCCGGUGUGCGAGCGGGACAUCGCUAUACAGAGUGGAAAGAUAAGUCGGGCCCUGGAGGGAAACUACCUUAAAUCCUUAAGCUGGCUCAUUUUACUUAAAGGAGACAUUCCUUUAUUUUUAAAAAGAAACAAAACUGCAUUCAAAGUAUUUUUCUUUGUUUCUUCAAUUUGGCUAAUCUAAAAACAUCUUGAGUACUAAAUAUUAGUUUUUAUGGAUAUUUUGUACGACAGACGAGUGUAAGACCUAAUGUUUCUUGGAGAAAUAUUAUCAUUAACAUUAACUGUAUCAACUAGUAGAAUAAAAUUGCUAGUUUUUAUUUUUUGGAUAUUUUAGUCGGUUUAAGUCCCGGGCGAGGCAAGCGAGUUUUAGAAAAUCUUUGAAUGCAGUUUUGUUUCUUUUUAAAAAUAAAGGAAUGUCUCCUUUAAGUAAAAUGAGCCAGCUUAAGGAUUUAAGGCAGUUUCCCUCCAGGGCCCGACUUAUCUUUCCACCCUGUAUACCCCGCACCGUCACCGCAUAAAAUGGCGUGUGAUACGCGCUUGACCAACAAUGCCGAUGUUGCCACUUUAUAUUUGUAACUUGUAGCUUUAUGAAAUGCGUCCAUGGGAGGAGGC